AUUCACACCAGAUGUAUCCAGAUUGCAGGCAAGCUCCUCUUGCAGACCCCUCCCCCCCGUGCCGCCACUUCCCAAGGCCCCAUUUCUUUGUGCAUUCACUGACAGCCAUUGCCAGCUCUUCCUUUUCACAGAGUCUGAUAACCGGAGCUUUCUGCUCCUUGCCUCUCCGUGCCUUUUCCCGACUGCUUAUUCUGGACAACCCUAGACAACAGCCUUAGUGAAUAAAUAAAUACUACACGAAGGUUCUUGCCCGAAUAUGGCUGGACCAAGCAGGGGUGGGGGCUUGGCCAGUGGUUACUUUGCAGUUUCUUCCUGUUCCUGUGCAUAUGCUCAGCAGCAGGGCCAGAGAACUGGAGCCCGGGCAGAACCACCCCCCACCCCAGUCAUCUUGCGGGAGGGGCGUGAGUAAGGCGUGGCCGGAACGUCUUUCUUCAGGCUGGGCCCCAGGCGGGCACAGUUACCCGCCGCACUAAUCAUGGCCGCAGCUGCACUGGGGCAGGUGGGUUCGCGGCUCAGCACCUGGGCUGGGGGGAACGCUGGGGGGAGGCGCACUUCCGGGAGGACCACUGGAGUGCAGUUCUUCCGGCUUGGCACAGCUCCCUUAGCUCUCGGGUUCCGCUGCGGGGCGCUAAGGAGGAUGGUGCCCCCUCUGGGAGGGAGCACAAGGCUCUAAUGGAAUAUGGGCCCGAAAACUUCUCCCUGUUCCUUGGCUUCUGUGUGGUCCCAGGAGAUGUGCUUCUUCCAACUUCAAGGCUGCAGACUUGCAAAUGCAGAUGACACAAGAGCCACAAAAGAAGCCCAGCCCCAGCGAGCCCCUGAUGUUUGGGAAGAUGUUUACUGACCACAUGCUGAUGGUGGAGUGGAGCGGGGCGAAAGGCUGGGGCCAGCCCCGGAUCCAGCCCUUCCAGAACCUCACGCUGCACCCGGCCUGCUCCGCUCUCCACUACUCGCUGCAGCUCUUCGAGGGCUUGAAGGCCUACAGAGGCAGGGACCAGCGGGUUCGCCUCUUCCGACCCUGGCUAAACAUGGACCGGAUGCUGCGCUCCACCCAGCGCCUCUGCCUGCCGACUUUCGACAAGGCUGAGCUGCUCGAGUGUAUCCGCCGGCUUGUGGAGGUGGAGAAGGACUGGGUUCCUGAGGGGGCUGGUACCAGUCUCUACGUGCGGCCCGUGCUCAUCGGCAAUGAGCCUUCACUGGGUGUUGGUUGUGUCACACAAGCGCUCCUGUUUGUCAUUCUCUGCCCUGUGGGCUCCUACUUCCCAGGAGACUCCAUGACCCCCGUCUCCCUGCUUGCGGACCCAACAUUUAUCCGAGCCUGGAUGGGGGGCGUUGGUGACUGCAAGCUUGGGGGGAAUUAUGGGCCCACUGUGUUAGUGCAGAGAGAGGCACAGAAGAAGGGCUGCGAGCAGGUGCUCUGGCUCUAUGGGCCCGACCAGCAGCUCACCGAGGUUGGCACCAUGAACAUCUUCAUCUACUGGACCCACGAGGAUGGCGUACUGGAGCUGGUGACGCCCCCACUAGACGGGAUCAUCCUGCCUGGAGUCGUCAGACAGAGUCUGCUGGACUUGGCCCAGUCCUGGGGUGAGUUCCGGGUAACAGAGCGCAAGAUCACCAUGAAGGAGUUGCUGCGGGCGCUGGAGGAGGGACGGGUGCGGGAAAUCUUCGGCUCCGGCACCGCUUGCCAGGUCUGCCCCGUGCACCGGAUCCUGUAUGAAGGCAAGAACAUUCAUAUCCCUACCAUGGAGCAUGGGCCAGAGCUUAUCCUCCGCUUCCAGAAGGAGCUGAGGGCAAUUCAGUAUGGAACCGGCGGCCAUGAGUGGAUGCUCACAGUGUGACACUGCGGGGCUCCGCCAGACCACACCUCAGACCUACCAACCUGUCAGGACUCAAGCUCAAGUGCAAUACGCGUGCGGACGCCCGGGUCUCUGGCGUCCCCUGGUGGUUGCUACACUCCCAAAGUCAUGAGGGCUGGGUAUAGGCGGUUGAGACUUGGCCUUGCGACUUGGGCGGGGGCCAGGUGUCCUCCCCCUCUCCCUGCUGCUCCAUGUUCAUCUCUGGGGGGUCAGGGAUGUUUCGUGGCCUCGACUCCGCAUCUCUCCGUUCUCAGGCCGGACCCCACCGUUGCCGUUAAUUUUUUCUUUCUGUCCUUGCUGCAAUUUUGAAAUAAAAUGCCAAAGAAC